CAGCCAGCCAGCCAGCCAGUCAGUCGGACGCCAAGCACCCUCAGGUUCAACGUUUGCGUGACCGCUCCACAUGCUGCUCGACUCCCGGUGGGCUUCUCCUUCCGUGGACCCCUCGGACACUCGGAUUGAACGUAGAGGAGCUAUCAACGCAUUUGUCGUCUGUAAGGACAGCACACAGGUGACAUAACGUUCCACCGGGACCCAGAGCCUCAUUUCGGGGCACCCGAGUGCUGGAUCGGGGAGCUAAAUCCGUUUCAUUGAUGUCACCCCACAUUGACCUGCCUCUGAUGACACUGUCAAAAGAGAUUUGCAUUGCUUCAAACGCGUAUCACUCGUGACAUCUCCGGAUGCAGCUUGGUUAUCCCUUUGUCAGGUCAGAGUUGUUUUCGUGAGGUCAUUCACUUUCUCUUGUCGUGUUUCUGCACCGCUUUGCUUUCGGAGCAGCCGCUGCAGCUUGACUACCGCUCCUGUGUGCGAGUGUGUGCGUGUGUGUACGCGCAACAGUGUGGGUUAUUCACAGUGCUGCUAUGCAGACUGGCUGGAGCCACACUUAGACCGUCACAGCUUCACUGUAGCUUGAGUGUGUGACUUUGUGUGCUCGCCCGAACUGCUUUCCCAGAGAGAAACAAAAAGAACGGGCGCCCCACGCUGAGGAAGAAAGCUAUAUCUCUCUCUUGCUUCAUGCCGCGAUAGCCGGGGACGACUCGUCUGGAAUCGCAUGUGUUUCACAGCUUUGUGAACGAGCGUGGCUUGUUCAGGAUGCUGCUAUGUAGACAGAGUGGAGCCACACGAAACCUGCUGGUAAAGUUCAAGUAACACAUGACAGCGCAGCCGCUGUCAGCGCGGCGCGGCGGUGGGCUUCGCUUUUGCAACUUUCCAUGCUUUAAACAAAUCACAGUCUCGCUUUGAUUCUUUUAUGUAAAUAUAUAUAUGUAUAUAUUUGAUUUGAUUUUUAUUUGGGUGACUGCUUUGAUUGGCUGAAAAAUGAAGGACCCUCAUCCACUGACCAAUAACUGGAUCCAAUCCCCCUGCAAAGACCCAGUGAUUAUGCCAAUGCAAAGCUCUCACAAGAAGUUCAAAAGAAAAUCUCGUGAGCCUAAAAAACUUUUCAGUGGAUUUGAACCUGACAGGAUGAAAGCAUACACGGUGGACACAUCGGAAGGGGACAUGCUGGAGGACGCUCACGUGAAGCCUUGCAAUGUCAACAGGUUGGCUCCACUCCACAGACACCUAACGGUGUCACAUGAGACCAGUGCCGCCGGGGUCGUCUCAGGAGUGCCCGGCAUCAUGGUCGCACCGCCGCCGCAGAGCGGCGCUCUGGACAUGAGGAUCGGGAGCGCCAUCGCUUCCAAACUUUCUCAGUUACCCACCUCUCCGUUUGCCAAUCCAGAGAUCAUCCACUGGCCCACGGCCAUAUCUCAGCCGCUUUCAAACAGAUUCAAACCAGGCCCCCGCUCCACCUUCCCCGUGGUGACGUCGUCCGGCAACAUUCGGAGCCUUUCACCCAACCCCCCGACCUUCUCCAUGGAACCAUCAAUGUCGGGCCAAACUACAGCUCGGCCCGUCUCUCAAACGUCUCUGAACUCUCAAGGCCACGAGCAUGGAGAGCUUCAGGGUCACUCUCCCAAGGAGUCUUCAAGGAAGCGGAUGGGAACGAGUGCAGACGGAGCCGGACGUCUGCCGGAGGUCAAAGCCAUCCAGCAGACAAGGAGGCUCCUAGCAAACGCCCGUGAGAGAACCCGGGUCCACACCAUCAGUGCGGCCUUUGAGGCUUUGAGGAAACAGGUGCCUUGCUACUCUUAUGGGCAGAAGCUAUCCAAGUUAGCGAUAUUACGGAUAGCGUGCAACUACAUCCUGUCCCUGGCUCAGUUGGCCGAGCUGGACUACAGUCCCGACCGUGGCAGUCAAAGCUUCUCUCAGUGUGUGGAGCAGUGCACUAGGACCCUGCAGGCUGAGGGUCGGAGCAAGAAGAGGAAGGUUGGAAGGAUGCCAGAGGAUGUUUGAAGGCUGACAUGAAGUUUCUCUCCUCAUGCGAUGUGAUCAGAGCCACCGACAGCAUCCACGCGUAGUUUUAAUCCUGUAUUACGGUCAGAUAAAUAUUUUGAAAGCAUUUUUAUUGAAGUAACAAAUACUCUGAAUGUAACAGAUAAAAUGACUCUAGUUUUUUUUCUGUUUGUGUAAUAUUUUGUUGUUAUGAUUGUGGAACUCGAUUGGAUGUUCUGGUAGCUGGCGAUGAACGUGUCGAUAAUUAUUCAAGACUUAUUUUUUUUCUGUGGAAAAUUUUGCUCCAACAUACUUUGGAUUACUGGACUUAAGAUAGCAGUGUCAAUACAACACACUUUAUCCACUCAUGUUCCCUAUUUUCCCCUUUCUUGUGCACUACCGAAAGACAACAUCCUGGUUCCCGAUGUAAAUUCCAAAAUGUGAAUUUAUAAACAACAAAAAGCAGUACA